UUCACUUGCCUCUUCAAAUAUCCACUUGUCCCGCUUGGGGCUGACUGACUGGGAGUGAGAGAUGCUUUGCCGAUGCAACGGCACAAAACACAACGUUGGCAACUGUGGCAGGACAAAUUGGACCACCACAUUCUAGUAUGUCCGGCUGUAAUCUGACGGUUCAGCACUGUGAAAUUGUGUCAUCUGCUCUACAAUCAUCAAACUCUCCUCUGAGAGAACUGGACCUGAGUAACAAUGACCUGCAGGAUUCAGGAGUGAAGCUGAUCUCUGAUGCACUGAAGAAUACAAACUGUAAACUAGAGAUACUGAGAUUGUCCACCUGUAAUCUCACUGAUCAGUGUUGUGAAAGUCUGGCGUCAGUUCUACAAUCAUCAAACUCUCCUCUGAGAGAACUGGACCUGAGUAUCAAUGACCUGCAGGAUUCAGGAGUGAAGCUGAUCUCUGAUGCACUGAAGAAUACAAACUGUAAACUAGAGAUACUGAGAUUGUCCACCUGUAAUCUCACUGAUCAGUGUUGUGAAAGUCUGGCAUUGGUUCUACAAUCAUCAAACUCUCCUCUGAGAGAGCUGGACCUGAGUAACAAUGACCUGCAGGAUUCAGGAGUGAAGAUGAUCUCUGAUGGACUGAAGAGUACAAACUGUCAACUUGAGAUACUGAGAUUAUCUGGCUGUAUGGUGACAGAAGUCGGCUGUUGUUAUGUUGCUUCAGCUCUGAUUUCAAACCCUUCACACCUGAAAGAGCUGGAUCUGAGCUACAAUCACCCAGGAGAAUCAGGAGUCAAACUGCUCACUGAGAGACUCAGUGAUCCACAAUGCACACUGGAAAAACUCAAUGUGAAUCUUGGAGAAAAGAUCAGAAUUACACCUGGACCACAAAAAUAUUUCUGUGAUCUCACACUGGAUCCAAAUACAGCACACCCUAAUCUCUCUCUGUCUGAGGAGAACAGAAAGGUGACACGUGUGAAAGAGUGUCAGUCAUAUCCUGAUCAUUCAGAGAGAUUUGAUGAGCGUCCUCAGGUUCUGUGUGGAGAGAGUCUGACUGGACGCUGUUACUUGGAGGCUGAAUGGAACGGGAGAGCUGAUAUUUCAGUGACAUAUAAAGGAAUCAAGAGGAAAGGACAGAGUGAUGACUGUCUGUUUGGAUAUAAUAAAAACUCCUGGAGUCUGCACUGCACUGAUGACAGAUUGACUGUCAGACACAAUAAAAGCAGAACUGACAUACGAGUCCCUUCAGUCCGCUCUAAGAGAAUAGGAGUGUAUCUGGACUGGUCGUCCGGCACUCUGUCCUUCUACAGCGUCUCUAACACACACACACUCACACACUUACACACAUUCAACACCACAUUCACUGAACCGCUCUAUGCUGGAUUUAAAGUUUAUAAUGAUUCCUCAGUGUCUCUGUGUCACAUUAAAGAGCCGUCUGUGUGAGAAACAACAGAGAUCACACACACACACACACACACACUCACAAACACACACACAUCUGACUUAUAGAAAUAUGAUCAUGUUAACUCACUCAAACUCUAUUUAAUCACAUCUGUAACAUAGUUCCUCGUGUAUUUAGUUUGUCGUGUGUCUGAAUGAUUUGUAUCACACAUCUUAAUAUCAUAAACAGGGGCAGUGGUAGCUCAGCGGUUAAGGCUCUGGGUUACUGAUCAGAAGGUUGGGGGUUCAAGCCCCAGCACUGCCAAGAUGCCACUGUUGGGCCCUUGAGCAAGGCCCUUGACCCUAUCUGCUCCAGGGGCGCUGUAUCAUGGCUGACCCUGCACUCUGACCCCAGCCUAGCUGGGAUAUGUGAAAAAGAAGAAUUUCACUGUAUAUGUGCAAAUGUAUAAUGUGUGAUAAAUAAAAAGAAAAUUAAAUUAAAAAAAAUUAAACAUUAUUCAGAUGGAUUUAUUUCCUAUUAACAGGAUGUCUAUCAUAUCUUGGACUGAAUAAGACAGUUGGGAAUUCUGUAGUUCUUACUAAGACAGAAGUGUUUAAUAUCAGGAUGUGGAUAUUACAGAAGGUCAUGUGACCAUAUAGUGACCGCAGUGUGCCAAUUCAACGUCUCGUGUUCACUGCACCCUUCACAUUCAGUAUAGAUAUCUGUUGAAGUUCACUUGACAAAAUUCAUUCAUUUGGAAAGCCCUACAACAUCAAAAAACACAGAAAACACU